AUGAUUAUUGGACUUAGCGCUCUACUGAAGUUUCGGAAACUCUUGUUGUGCUUUUAUGGUUUUUUUCCCGCUUUUCUUAUCAAGCUUUCUUCGAAACGGAGAACUGUACCACAGUCAGAUUGCAAGGGCAAUAAAAUCGCACUCCUGCAUUUCAUCUGCCUAAAAUCUGCUCAACUCCCAAGCUUCACAAUGAGUAUCCAUGUCAGCAUGUUUCUUUCUUUGAACUAG